AUGGAUGCCGCCUCCCUUCUUAUCGUGAAAGACUUUACGAAGCAAAUUCGCGUAACUCUGAUCGAGCUCUCACAAAGCCCUAGCUCUUCUUCAAGGGGUGAUAAGGAUUCCAAUUCUGAUGACCGCUCAUUUCAAGAUGAUACUAUUUCAGCCGAUAAGCAUGCUCUUAUUAUCCCUCUUUUCGCGGGUCGUGAAACGAGUGCACCCGGUGACUUCGGCCAAGAAUUAACGAGCCAGAUUUGCCAGAUUUGUGGGGACGAGAUCGAGCCUUGCUACGAGUACGAGAGGCGGGAAGGGAAUCAUGCCUACCCACAGGGCAAGACCAGGUACAAGUGCAUCAAGGGCAGCCUGGGGUGGACGAGGAUAAAGACGAGGAUGAGUUUUACGAUCUUGAAUAUGAGUUCGAUUACGGCAAUGGUAACCAGAAUAGAGAUCCCCAUUAAUUCUUCAAAGCUGGUUAUUCCAGUUGAUGGGACAUACGGCUUCCGGUAUCACGAAUCACAUGCUCUCAUUAUCCCUCUCGCGGGUCGUGGAAAACGAGUGCACCCCGUGCCAUAUAUGGAUUCAUCCAUGGCCUUACCUCCAUGGCCUAUGGAUCCCAAGAAGGAUUUAACAGUGUAUGGUUAUGGCACUGUUUCCUGGAAAGAAAGAAUGGCAGAAUGGAAAAGAAAACAGUGGGAUGAAUUUGAUGAUCCUGAUUUACCCAAGUGA